UCCCCGCCUCCCGCCGCACGAUGGCAACCAGGCGGUGGUUCUUGGGGCCGCUCCCCGCGGGCCCUGGGGAAACGCCGCUCCCGGACGACUUGGAACCUGGGGUACAGCCCUGCGAAGACCCCUCAUGGUCGCCUCCCACUGGCCGACCUGGGGACUCACCCCAGGCGGAGCCCGAGGAUAUCCAGGGGCAGCUGCCCGAGGCCUCCACCUCUACGCCUUUCCCUGAGCCUCUGGCCCCAGGCCCCGGGCCUGCCCCUCCUUGCCUACCCUUGGACACCAUGUUCAGCCCCAUCAGCGAACAGCUCCGUUACCUGCUCAAGAAGGCAGAUGAUUUCCAGAGCUACUUGUUCUACAGGGACCGAGUGCAGAAGGAACAGCUGGCGAAGGCCAUGCCCACCUUCUUGCAGAUGUGUGAGCCCUACUUCCUGUACCUGGAGGCAGCUGCACGGAGUGUGCCCCCCAUCUAUGGAGCCCUGCAGGAGCUGAUCCGAAAGGGGCUGUUGGAGAUCUCCCAACAGCUGACUCUGCGCCUGGAACAGCUGGUCCUUAUGUAUGCAUCAUUUGGGUUUGUGAACCUGGAGGAGACUGACCCCCUAAGCAUCUCCUGUUUCUUCUGCGGGAGGUUCUCCAUCAGUCCUUCCCACGAGGUGUCCAUCUUUAGAUACUGUGCCCCUGCCGCCUACACCGCCAGCCGCUUCCCCCGAUACCUCUAUAAGAAGAUGCGCUGGAACCUGGAAACCACCCCAGAGUCCAGCAGCCAGGGGCAAGAUUCCCGUGUGGAUUACUACUUCCUGUGCUACAGAGAUACAUGGGAAGACACAGGCAAGAGUCCAACCAACUCAUGCCCCCAGAUUCAGAAGCUGUGGUCCAUCGGCCGAUGGGUGCCCCUAGGACCAGCUGAGGAUGACCUUUAUUCAUGGAUUUUGUCCCCGCAGCCUCCUGGGGACUACGAGCAGCUGCUGACCAUCGGCUUCGAGGAGCCGUCGCACAUGCUGGCCACCGACCUGCUGGUGCAGAUCCUCACGGGCCAGGCAGGCACGGCCCGGCCCCCGAGCGCCGCCGGGCCCGCGGCGUGGGCCGCGCAGGAGUCUUGAACCUGGAGAGAGGGUGGGAGUUGGAGCUUGACAGUUCCAAACUCCAGGAGAGGGAGUAGUGGAGGGG